AUGGCCAAGAUACUUCAGACAUGCAAAUUGAUUAUCUGGGAUAAAUGUACAAUUACCCACAAGAGGUCACUGAAAGCACUGGACAGAACAUUGAAAGAUUUACGUGACAAUCAAAAUAUUUUUGGUGGAGCAAUGAUUUUGUUGUCAGGUGAUUUUCGCCAAACUCUUCCAGUUAUACCACAAUCAAGUGUUGCUGAGGAACUGAACGCAAGCUUAAAAUCAUCAAAUCUGUGGCGUCAUGUUAAGAAACUCCAGUUAACAACAAACAUGCGAGUGGUUUUGCAACAAGAUGAAACAGCGAAAGUGUUUUCAAAGCAGUUACUAAAUAUUGGAAAUGCGGGGGCUUACGCUAAAGAUAGCGACAAUACGUCUGAAGAAGAAGCUUUGAGGAAAAGUUGCCGGCUUAAAAAACCCAAAAUUUUAGACCUAAAUGUUGAAGAUAAUUUUUCUCAUGAAGCAUUAAUCGAAUUCGACUCUCCAAGGUGUUACACUAGCGGCUUAGCACCCUUAUGUGAUACGCCUUCAAAUGUGGGAGAUAAUUUGAGCCCUCUUCUCAUGAUUCCACAGUCACAUCAGUUCCAUAAUUUAAUUAAGUUAAGUUUAAUUAAUGGUGGAGGCCAUAAUAUAAAUAUCAAAUUUGAUUAUUUAAUAAAGGAAAUUGCUUCGAUGAACGUUAAGCUGGAGCAGUUUACGGAAAACGCUAAUAAAACUUCAGCACAAAUUUUAGACAAUAACAACAUGUUCAAAGCAUUGUUUCCUUUAAACACACAAGAAUAA